CACCGGGCACAAAGCUGCACACAUCCACCGUGAGACAGACUUCGACUUCUCAGUCAUUCAUGGCCUGGAGACGUGAGCUGCGUUCAAGCCCCUUGUGGCACCAUCAAGUUUGAAACAUACCCGUUUGGAGCAUCUCAAGAGGGGCACUUCAUUGGAGGGCAGUGACGGUAGGAGAGCACAGCAGACCCCGGGAAGUCACGAACUGUCGCUGAGCGCUUUAUUCGGAACUUCUACUUUGAAUGGACGUCUCUCGCCAGUUUUAACCCGCACGCAAUCUCCCAAGCUGCAGAAAGUGGCAAAGGAAGCCCACCUGAGACAGCCUGCCCCCACCCCCCUGCCAAGUGUCCCACAUGAACCGUACUGUACACCUCCCGCAGGACACCAUGGACAGCACUCUGACCUGUAACUCGGCCACCUUCUCCCAGGUCUUCGGACGCCAGGGCCAGCUCAUGCAAGCGGCUGUACAGUCACUGAAUACUCUCAAUGACCAGAUUGCCCACUUUAUGGUGACGAGACCAAAAGCAUUUGAUGAUGAGCCAGAUGGCUUCUUGCCCAGUGAAAAGGAAACCUUGAAGAAAUCAAUGACCCUAAUGAGACAUCUACUGAUGGAUGCACAGGCCAAAAUCCUUAAAAUGAUGGACGACAACAAGCAGCUGGCUCUGAGGAUCGAUGGGGCAAUCCAGUCUGCCAGUCAGGAGGUGACAAACCUACGAUCAGAGCUGACAGCUACCAGCAGGAGACUGGCAGAGCUGAGCGUCACCGAGCCCUUGAUUAUGGAGAACAACCAACAUAACACUCAAGACCCUUCUGUUCACCAAAGGCAAAAGACAGAUUCAGAAAUUUGCUUCAAAUCAGAAAUCAACAGCUUGAUGGAUUUCAGCACUCCUGACUCGUCUCUAGACAAAGUGCUUUUACGAGAGGAGGUGGCUCAGCUCCAGGAUGAAGUGCACCUGCUCCGUCAGAUGAAGGAGAUGCUGUCCAAGGACUUGGAAGACUCACACGGAGGCAAGUCAGCUGAGAUCCUCUCUGCCACCGAACUCAAGGUGCAGCUGGCGCAGAAAGAGCAGGAGUUGGCACGUGCAAAGGAGUCCUUGCAAGCCAUGAAAGCAGACCGGAAACGCUUGAAAAUAGAAAAAGCAGAAUUAGUAAACCAAAUGCAGCAGCUGUAUGCAACACUGGAAAGUCGUGAAGAGCAACUUCGGGAUUUUAUACGCAACUAUGAGCAGCACCGUAAAGAAAGUGAGGAUGCAGUUAAAGCUCUCGCCAAGGAGAAGGAUCAGCUGGAGAGAGAGAAGUGGGAUCUUCGACAGCAAGCCAAGGAAGCAACUGACCAUGCAACUGCACUACGCUCACAGCUGGACCUAAAAGAAAACAGGAUUAAAGAGUUAGAGGCAGAAUUAGCCAUGAUGAAUAACUGCGUGGCUCCAAGAAAGGAGUACCGAGUGUUUGAUCGAGAAAAGGAGCCCUCUCCAAGGCUCAUGGCGGCUAAGCAGUCCUUAGCAACACUGACCAAGGAUGUCCCCAAAAGACACUCACUAGCCAUGCCUCCAGAGACUGUACUUAAUGGCAACCAGGAGUGGGUAAUACAGGCCGACUUGCCGCUUACUGCAGCUAUCCGCCAGAGCCAGCAAACGCUGUAUCACGGACAUCCACCUCAUCCUGGAGAAAGACAAGCUGUGAGGGUGAGUCCAUGCCAUUCUCGGCAGCCCUCCAUCAUAUCAGACGCCUCCGCCAUCGAGGGGGACCGGUCUUCGACGCCCAGUGACAUCAACUCACCGAGACAUCGGACGCACUCACUCUGCAAUUCCUUGGAGGAUCUGGAGGACCAGAAACGCAAGAAAAAAAAGGAGAAGAUGGGCCUGGGUUCCUUGUCUCGGGUGUUUGCCAGAGGAAAGCAGCGCAAGUCCUUGGACCCAGGCCUUUUUGAUGGUACUUCUACUCCCGAUUACUACAUAGAGGAGGACGCCGACUGGUGAUGAUGUCCUUGGUCAGCUGUGUGUGUGUGCGCAGUGCGAAUGGACAAGCAUGAGGAAGAGUGCGAGAGGUGAGGUGGAUGAGCAGAUCUGCGUCCGCCUCCUAGUAACUGAUGUACAUAAUUCAAGUAAAACGAAACUCUUUCCUGUAUACGUAUGUGUGUGUAUGUGUGCGUAUACCGUGUGUAUAUAUACAUAUAACGUGUGUGUGUGUGUCACACACACACACCCACACACAUAUGUAUGUAUAUAUACCUGAAUAUAAAUAAGUAUAAAUUCUGUGUGGAUAUGUUACCUGUCGUCCUACGAGCGAUGCAGCUGUGUUUUAAAUCUUGUAACUUUUUGAUAACUGGAAACUUGAAGGACUGCUGUGUUGUCUGUAAAUAACGGCCAUUGUGCACUUUGUGUUUCUCGGUGUCUUUUGUCCAGAAUGCAGAUACCUUUAUUUUGAUUUGUUUUGCCCUGCCUCAACCUUACCUCUGAAAUCCCAGGGGGUUUUGUGGAUUUUCUGUAUUUGGUAUUUUUUGUAUGAAAGUUUAAAAAAAAAAAAAAAAAAAAAUCAAAGAGACAGUAUCCCUUUUUGCACGCUUGUGUGCUCGGAGAGCUUUGUUUCAUAAGGACUUGCAAGAAGGGCUAUUUGUGAAAAAGAAAAAUGAGCACAUUUGAAAACAUAGAUAUAUCUAUAUAUAUUUAUUUGUAUCUUGCUAUGCACAAUAAUCACCAGAUACAUUUUUAUUUAUUAAAAAGGAAUUAUGAAAGGAGCAUUUUAAAGAAUCGUGUCCCCAGAUCUACUGGAGCGUUUUCGGACAGGACCGUGAUGAUGUACUCAGUCUGCUUAUUAUUAUUUUAUUUCACUUAGUGACACAGAGCACAGCUAAGAUUUAAAUUAAAGUCGGCCCUUUUUUUUUUUUUUUUGCACUGAAAUUGUAUGGUUAGCAAGCACGUAGCACCUCAAAACUGAAACACGGGCUCAGCUUCGUGAGCCACUGUGCAGCCUCAUGGACCAGCGUGAGUCAUGAGCGCUUGGGCCGAGAUCAGGGAUCCUUUUCUGACUUUGGAAGGGCAUCUUAAACAGAUCCUACCAUAUACAAGAGGUUUUGUGCCAAAUUCAGCACUCCUGUAUUGCUCUGCAUGCACCGACACGUUUAAAUCGGAUCACUUUCACCCCCAGCAGUCCCACUGCGCUGUUGCUCUGACGAAGUUCUUUGACGUGCGACGUCUGGAUGGGCGAGACUGUGCCGGCAGCCUCAGGUGUGCGGCUGGCACUACAGCAGAGCUGGCCUUGGCAUAAAGACCCAGCUGAGGCAAACCACAAAUGUGAAUUAAUCAGUCGAUCGAAGCACAGCCCGAGUAGUCAGGUCAGACAUGGAGGGUGAAGGUGUGUCCCCCAUUAGUCACUCACUGUAGUUAGAAGCAUUUGUGCAAGCCUUCAUCAGCUCUGCCUUAAAGGAAUACUCUCUCUUCAGUUUGUACGUGAAAGUGCUUGCUUUUAACCCAUUAACAUCCGGUGGUGUGGGGGGUUAGAGGAAUGUAUAUUAAAUAAAAUAAUCCCCCACACUGCUUUGCAAAGGGAGCUGUCAGACACGGAGGAAGGCUUGUCCUAAGGUGCAAUGCCACUUCCUUCUCGCGGACGCCAUUUUAGCAACAAGUUACUCUUUGUUUUCUUGUGCUUUUUUUAAGGAAAUUUUCCUUCUCAUUUCAUUUUUUAAGUUUUGUAAUUUAGAAAAUAAAGCUAAAAAUGUACUAAAGAGUCUAUUUAAAAGGAAAAACUACAUAGCAGAUGGAAAAAUGACAAAUUUUUAGUUAUGUUCUUUUCCCAAAGUGUUGGGGGGAGAAUUCUGAAAACAGUUUAAUGGCAUGAAUACCACUAUGAUAAAUCUAAAUAAAAACUUAUUUUAAAAUAAAUAA